UACACGUCGGACCGUCCAUGUGUGGAUGGGGGGGAAAUGUUUCUGUGGGGUACAUGAGUUAAAAUAUUUCCAUGUCGUACCGAAAGACGGGUGUUUUAGCAGCAAACGUGCUGAAUGAUUCACUGACUGUCGCGAUAUUUUAUUUUCUGACAAAAUGUUUGCAAAACCGUUUCGUGUAAAAUCCAACACCGCAAUCAAAGGAUCAGACCGGAGAAAGCUCAAAGCUGAUCUUUUGGCUGCAUUUCCUUCACUGUCUGCUGAUGAGCUGUCAGAGCUGGUCCCCAAUAAAGAGGAGUGCAGUGUGGUGAAGAUUUAUGCACACAAGGGCGAAGCUGUGACACUGUACGUUCUUCACAAGAACCCCCUCUUCUUUGAGCUGGAGAAACAACUUCAUCCAACAGUGUAUGUGCUGUGGCGUCGUCCUACCCUCCUCCCAGUAUUCAGAACAUGGGCUCCUGUGCUUCAGAAGCUGAUUGGAGGGGCUGAUCUCAUGCUGCCAGGUGUGGUGGUGCCUUCAUGUGGCCUGCCAGAUGUGAACCAAGGGGACUGCUGUGCGGUUACGAUUGUGAAAAAUAGGGCUCCAGUUGCUGUUGGCAAAGCUGCAGUGUCCCGUUCAGAGAUGCAGAGUUCAGGGAUGAAAGGAAGAGGAGUGUGUGUUCUCCACACGUACAAGGAUUAUCUCUGGGCAUUUGGAGAUAAGUCAGAUCCUCCUUCCUUACCGGACGGAGAGAUUGAAGCAGACAUGUUGGACGAAGACAACUGUGACGUCAGCGAGAACGAACAAGAAGACGAGACCGAGAAGAGUUUGGAGGAGCAGCAGAGUUCUGGCGAAACGGUUCAAGAUGAGGCAUGUUGCAUCAACGAGCUGAGUCUGGCUGAGCAGGAAGGAGACGAAGAGGAAGGUAGCAGGAACCAAGAGGAUGACGACCAAGACGAACAGAAAACCCCGCAAGAGGAAAUGGACGCCCUGCUGCUGCAGUGCUUUCUGCACGCUCUCAAGAGCAAAGUGAAGAAGUCAGAGCUCCCUCUGCUGACGAGCACGUUUCUCCGCAACCACAUGUUCUCCUGCUGCCCAAGUGGAAAGCAGCUUGAUAUAAAAAAGUCCAGCUAUAAAAAGUUGUCCAAGUUUCUACAGGUUAUGCAGCAGCAGCACAAUCUGGUGCGUGUGAAAGAAAUCACUAAGGGUGUGGAGAGCAUUGUUGAGGUUGACUGGAAAAAUCCACAACUGCGUUCCUUUAGCUUUCCAGAGGAGACAGGUGCUGAAUCAACUGUGCUGCAGGUUGGAGACAGUUCAUACCACCCUCCAGAGAUCACAACUCUCUACUCAGUUUCUGCUCGGCUGGAGCCACUGUUUUUGGAUGCAAAAAAGAGGAAAGGAUCAACAAUGAAUGCUGCUGAAGUAAGAAGUAUAAUUACAGAGUACGUGAAGAAGAAUGAGCUGGUGGAUGAAAAUAACAAGAAUUUUGUGAUCAUAAAUCCCACCCUGUGCGACUGCCUGCUGGAGAAAUCCGAAUAUCAGGAGGUGGAGGCUCUCAAAUGGGAUGACCUUUUUAGCAGAACUUUGGGAAGAAUGCAGGAAUGUUAUCAGCUUAUCUUUCCUGGACAAGCACCUAUAAUAAAAAAGGGCCACAUCGAGCCAAUAGACGUCUCUGUGGCUUCUCGAGGCUCUAAUAAGAAGGUGACUCUGAUAAAGAAUUUGGAAGUGUAUGGUUUGGAUCCUGCUGCCGUUGCCACCGCUUUGCAGCACAGAGUCCAGGCCAGCACCGUCUUACAACCAGUCCCCGGAACCAAGGACAAAGUUCUGGUCCAAAUCCAAGGCAACCAAAUCCAUCAGACUGGAAGUCUGCUGCUCAAUUAUUAUCAAAUUCCACGAAAAUGCAUCCAAGGACUCGAGAAAGCUCCCAAAAGUGGCAAGAAGAAGUAGCAUUUCAGUCUUCUGUACCAGCUUUUAAAUGUCCUCAGUUGCUUUAUUGUUCAGAAACACAACAAACUGUUCAAAUCAUGCAUUUAAUAAAGUUGGUUCAGUCUUGUAAUAUAAA